GUGAGUAUGCAUUUGUCAAAGUUUGAGGUAGAUGUAUAUUCCCAAGACUCUGUGUUCCUUGACAACUUGUAAGAUAGUCUCCAAUUAUUUGUUGCGUACUUUGAUAUAUUUUGGAAAAAUUAAGCGAAUGGUUUUGUUAGAAAUAGACGUUUUCGAAUGGCUUACGAGUUGCCAACAAAAUGCUUUCAAGAGGACCAGUCUAUUAAAUGGUGGAAAGGCUACCAGAACAUAAGUGAACACGAAGCAUCGUUGAAUACUACAAGACCAGCGAGACUCAAGGCAAAGCUAUGAUAUAAUCCAACAAGGCACGAUUACUUUUCUGAAA